AUGGGACUCAUCGACCUGGUCUAUUAUAUAUCAUUAUGGUAUCAUCAAAAAGAGCAAGCUAUUCGACUGAACUACUUUUGGCCAUUGUCAGUACUUGCUGGCGCAUUUGGUAGUCUGACUGCUUAUGCUAUCGCUCAAAUUCAUCAUUCCACUGUAGAUACACGUACAUCUCAUGAACAUUCAUUUUUAAGUUUACAAGUUUUUCAUUAUACUUCAUAG